AUGUCCAAGAUCCGCCACGAGUGGUACCAAACGGACCAGGAGGUGGUCGUGAGCGUCUUCAUCCGCAACGUCAAGGAGGACGACCUCAAGGUCGACCUGCAGGAGCGCAGCCUGUCCCUCACCGUCUCGCUCCCCACCGGCUCCGACGUCGUGUUCGACCUCGACCCGCUCGCGCACCCGAUCGACCCGAGCGCGAGCACGCACCGGGUCCUCCAGCCCAAGAUCGAGCUCAAGCUCAAGAAGCAGGACGCGGCCAAGUGGGGCAAGCUCGAGGGGGACGAGCAAGUCGCCGCCAGCAUGGCGACGCCGGUCGAGAAGUCGACGCAGCACGCCUACCCGACCUCGUCGCGCAAGCAGCACAACUGGGACGCCAUCGUCAAGCAGUCGGCCGACGAGGACGAGCAGCUGUCCAAGGAGUUCUCCAAGGACCCGAACGCCGGCGGCGACGCGGCGCUCAACCAGCUGUUCCAGAAGCUCUACGCCGACGCGACCGACGACCAGCGCCGCGCCAUGAUCAAGAGCUAUCAGGAGAGCAACGGGACGGCGCUCAGCACCGACUGGACCGACGUCAGCAAGAGGAAGGUCGAGACGCUCCCGCCCGACUCGAUGGUCGCCAAGAAGUUCGGCCAGUAG